UUAUUAAUCUCUUAUUUUGUUUUAAUAGAUCACAUUAGAUUUCAUUUCCAAGCUAUGUAAAAUUUGUUACGACAUAGUGCAUAAGUCGUAUUAUAAGUAAUAUUGUAUUUGGGCCUUAACUAUUUGGCUUGUGUCAAAAUAAUGUAAACGCAGAGAACGUAUAUUAUACGAUAUGAUAUACGUUCUCUGCUACGCCUAUAAAACAGCUGUUUAAUACACAAAACAAAAGUCGGAAGAAAAUACAAAUAAAAUCGGAGAAACUCAGCUAGAUUUUCUAAUUUUACUAAUAAAGCGAUACGUCCUGAAAAAUGUCCUCGAAUUUUAGAUAUACCAUGGUGCGAACCGUACGUCCUUAUGUCAAAUAUUUUCCGCAAUUAACGAAACCAGUACUUCGGGUUCUUAUAAAAGUUUCUGUUCACUAUCUGGAGAGUUCGAAAUGUUCACCGGAAGAAUUAGACUUGGAGUUGACUAAACUUACGCAUUCUGGCCAAGACAUUCCAGACAACUUUUGUGAAUUAUUCGCAGCCGUGUUGCAAAUUAUGCAAAUAUUUUUGCGUACGCCAAAGGGUAUUGUUAAAGACCACGAACUAAGAGACUGCCUCAAGGAACUGAGAUUUACUGAUGAAUGCGUUGAAGACUUAAGUAAAGUACUGUAUAACCAUCGUGCCUCCUUAACGAAGAAUUUCAUUGAGGCCAAGACAACACGUUCCAAACCGAAGAACCUGCAAUGGCGCAUUAACAUAUCAUUAGGAGAGGGCACAUGUAACGGCAGUAUCAAUGCGCCAACUAUCAUAUUGCAUUUUCAAUUACCCGAUGGUCGUUACCGUACACUGGAAUUUCCACUGUCAAUGUUUCAUCAAUUGCGUUAUAAUGUUGCUCUGCUACUGAGUGAAAUGCAAGCACUUGAAAGUCGCGCUGUCAUGAAGAAAUUUUAAGUUCAAGAUAAAUAAUCUAUGUGGAACUUUGAUUUUGAAAUUCGAAAGCUCCUUUAGGCAAAGUGGCCAUUUAUAACAUUGGAUCGUGACUAAAUAUAUUGGAACAGAAUAUAUUAUACCUAUGGAAUUAACUCACCUUCGCAUUGAUGUGUGUGUGGAUUGACAUUAAAAGCGAAGCAUUUUAUCUGUCUGAUAUUUGUUGCGUUAUUUACCAAUGUAUUACAAAAGUAUUUAAUGUAGCUUUGUUAGUAAAGGUGUUCAUUGUAAUGUUAUUAAUGUAUUAUAGAAGUUGCGGCGAUUAUUGUUAUAGCAAUAGGUGUCUACGUGAUUAGCAAGUAAUACAAGAACAGAGUUGUGCAAAUAAUGUUUUCAAUAAUAUAUUCAUAGCAAAGACAGACUUUUAGAUAGUAGGUUAAAUUAAAUUUACAUUAUACACGCAUAUUGAUGUGCAUAUGUGCUUUCUAUGUAUGUAACAAUAAAUAUUCAUUAUAUUAACAAAUUGCCAAUCAA